AGAGGCGGGAGCAGAGCACACUCAAUAGCACAUCCCGGCACGAACGCACGGGUCGCGCGCACCAACGCGGGAAAAUAGAUCAAAGUUUACGUUGUAUCUAUUCGCGCCACUCAAAAAUUUGGAUUUGCUCUGUGGUGUUCUAGUGUUUAAAAAAAAACAAAAUGUAAUUAAAUGUGUUCAAACCAUAAAGCAAUUAUAGUUUUGUUCUAAUUUCAAAGUGAGAUGUUUGUGUGAAACUUAUUCGUAAUGUUAACAAGUGAUUGAUUUGAGUGAAAAUGGGAGCUAUUAAGAAACAACACCGCUCACGUGAAGCGGGAAAAGACAAGGGAAAAUCAAGGAAACUGCGUAACAGUGCAGUAAAAUUAGCUAGAUACACAAGAGAAGAAACGAGGCACACAGGUCCCUUAUAUAAAGGAAGCUGUGUGCCUCAGUCAUGCUUAUUUGGCAUUGAAGAGGUAGCAUGCAUGCCUUUCAACAGCACGGAUUACUACUGCGUCUGCACCUCCACCGGACUACCACCUACACGGGAUAAUAAAUGUCCACGAAGUACAGUGCCGGUAACUCCGAUGCCGAUACACAACAUCAUACCACCGACGACGUCGAACACAUCCGCCGAGAGUCGAGCGCCUCCUGAUGAGACUUCCAAGUCAAUGGUCAUUCGAACGGCGCCCGAAAAGAGUACAGGCAGCGACACAACAGUGGCCGGUUCAGGUGUCAACGGUACCGGCGUCCUAUUGGUCACCGUGACAGCCGGCGCCGUAGUCCUCGUAACACUGAUCGUCGUAGUCAUAGUCUUCUAUCUAAGAAGAAGACUCCGGAACGUAGAUGGCAAAACUCAACCGCGUCGGCCAGGGGAGCCUCUGCUAGCUGAACGGUAUAUAACCAACCCUCAGUACGGAGUAUACAGCGCGGGACCGCCGGUGGCCGUGGUUGCUGAAGAUGACACGACGGAGCAGGUGCCGCUGCUGGACCGCAACGCGCUCACUUUCCUCGAAGAGGUCGGCGAGGGCUGCUUCGGAAAGGUCCACAAAGGUCUACUUCAAUCCAAUAGCGGAGAAUCAGUAGUAGCUAUUAAAGUUCUGAAAGAGAGUGCAGGCAGAAGUGCUGAAGAGGACUUUGUUCGAGAAGUGUCAAUAAUGUCAGCUUUUCGACACCCUAAUAUUCUUACUCUAGUUGGUGUCGUCUAUAGAGAUGACAUAGGAGCCAGCCCUUGGAUGGUCUUCGAGUAUAUGGAGUGGGGUGACCUAGCAGGAGUUCUACGAGGCUCCAAAGGCGGUGGUCGCUCUGGACCACAUUUAGACGAUCCCGCCCUUCUACACGUAGCCCUACAAGUGGCACGGGGCAUGCAGUACCUCGCGUCACGCCGCUUCGUGCAUAGAGACUUAGCAGCGCGCAACUGCUUGGUCGGAGCUAAUUUGACUGUCAAAAUAGCAGACUUCGGUAUGUCCCGGGACGUCUACACGUGCGAUUACUAUAAAAUGGGCGGCGAACGUCCGAUACCCGUACGUUGGAUGUCCCCCGAAAGCAUAGUCUACGCUCGUUUCACUCACGAAUCGGACGUAUGGUCUUACGGUGUCGUGCUAUGGGAAAUCUACAGCAGAGGUAAGCAACCUUUCUACGGCCACAACAACGACGGCGCGACGAAGUUAAUACUCCAAGGUAUAGUUUUAAUACCGCCAGAGGAUUGUCCGCGGUUCGCGUGCGAGCUGAUGCGCGCUUGUUGGAAAACGGAUCCCCGUGAUAGGAUAGGAUUCGAUGAGAUUUGCAGGAAGCUGGAAGUGGCCGCUGCUGCGGGCAAUUCGGCCGCGCAGGUGAAGUUGCCACUUCCACCUCCACCCGCGCAGGACGCCGCUGGAUACUUGAUACCUGCGCAACGACCGACCGUCGACUACCUGGCCCCGCUGCCUGAACCUGAACACGAAUCAGACACUGAAAGCAGCGAGGAAGAAGACGAAGAGUUCACUUGACCUGUGGCGAGGACGUCGCAGUAUGUACCGCGCACGUCGCCUUCUAACACCGCCGCCCACUUCACAUUCCACGGACGCGUUGGACAAUUCGAAUGUUGAUUCCUCUACAGAGAUUCGAUAAAUGGUAAAGAUAAUAAAAUGGAGGUGAUAAUACUCAAUACUGUUGUGUGAUAUAUAUUUUUUUAACUUUAAGAUUAUUGAACUCUCUUGUGGAUUAUGAAGAAAAUAGAUGACGAAGCGGUGACCGUUUAGAAAAUUAUUACAUUAUUUCUUGUUAUUGUGCCAUAAUACC